AUGGCGACCUACCCGCCACUCCCCUCCUACCCCGGUCACCCAGCUUUCGCCCCGACCUCGCCGUCGCACCGCCGCCUCAAGCCCUACCUCGGCCCUCGAGCCCACCUCUCCCUCUCGUGGCUCUCGCAGCACUUCCUCGCCCUCCUCCUCGUCCUCGUCGCCCUCGCCUUCCUCCUGGCCCAGAUCCCGGCCCUCGUCGACGACGCAAAGUCGUCCCUGAACGCCGCGUGCGCCGGCGUCGAGGGCGCGGCGUCGGUCGCCGUCUCGCUGCCGCACUACAUGGCCGGGGGCAUCAACGAGGUCAACGCCAAGGCGGUAAAUGCCAUCAGCGAGGGCGCUGGAACGGUCCUCGACCUCAUGUUGCAGGCCCUCGAGGCCAUCGUCCUCUUCAUGAUCGACAUGUACCGGUCUCUCUUCCUGUGUCUCCUCGACCUCGCCGUCCACGGCUCGAUCACGGUCCUCGUCAAGGGCAUCGAGGAGGCGCAGGAAUUCGUCACGGACGCGCUCGGCGGCAUCCGCACGGCGAUCCAGGACUCGGUGAGCGGCGUCAACACGCUGCUCGACAAGACGGUCGGGCUCAUCGACGACCUUCCAGGAGUCGACAUUGACGUCCCGACCAUCGACAUGCCCGAGCUGUCGGCCCUCGAGAACGUCACGCUCCCCGACACGCUCAUCAACGCCCUCACGGACCUCAACUCGUCGAUCCCGACGCUCGACGAGUUCCGCUCCGGCCUCGACUCGCUCAUCUCGACGCCGAUCGAGGUCCUGCGGAGCAAGAUCAACAGCACCCUGUCCAACUCGAGCAUCGACGUCGAGCUGCUCCCCGUCCCGGCGCGCCAGACGGUCGAACUCUGCCACGACCUCGACACGUCCUGGGUCGACGACGUCGGCGACGGGCUCGCCAAGUUUGUCAAGAUCGCCAUCGGCCUCGUCGUCCUCGCCAUGGCACUCUUCAUCGUCGCCAACGCCCUGUGGGAGCGGUACCGGUACCGGGCCUUUCUCGGCGGCGUCUCGGCCGCGCGCGAGGCGUGGCUCCUCGACCUUCCCGGCGCAGCAGGCGCAGCCGACCCCAAGGCUUCGACGGCGGCAACAGCGCACGAGACGCUCUCGACGAGCAACCUCCUGUCGUUCCUCAACGCGUCGUCGCACCCGUCCUUGUUCCGCUUCGCGUCGCGCCUGUCGUCCCUCCUGCGGCUCGAGACGUCGAGCGGCAAGGCCAACCUCAUCUGGUUCCUGUCGUACGUCGCGCACCCGUACGCGUGGGCGUUCCUCGCCCUCGGCGUCGUCGGCCUCGUCGUCGUCCAGAUCCAGAUCGCCAUCCUCGACGGGCCCGUGCGCCGCAUGACUAAGGACAAGGCGACCGAGGGCGCGGGACAGUUCUCGAGCAGCGUCACGGGCACGCUCAACGCCAAGAUGGAGGCGGCCGGCGCCGAGUGGGCCGACUCGACCAACCGCGCCAUUCUCGGCGUCGAGGACGGCAUCAACGACAAUCUCUUCGGCUGGGUCAACGACACGACGACGACGCUAAACUCGACGAUGGUCCACUUCUACGCCGAGAUCACGGACGCCAUCACCGACGUCUUCAACGGCACGGUCCUCGAGGAUCCAGCCCUCGGCCUCGUCUACUGCCUCGUCGGCAGCAAGGUCGACGCCGUCUCGACUGCCCUCACCUGGCUCCACGACCACGCCCACCUGUCGCUCCCGACCGUCUCGCCCUCGCUCCUCACGCUCUCGCAAAACCAGUCCGACGAGCUCACGGCAUCGCUCACCAACCCCGAGUCGGCUGUUUCAACGUCGUCGAUCGCCGACCGGCUAAUCGACGCGUACCGCCGCUCGCUCGAGCAGCAGCGCAUGGGCUUCAUCCUCGCCAUCGGCAUCUGGCUCCUCGUCCUCGUCAUGGGCCUCGUCGGCGUCUGGUGGCGUGCGUCGGGCGAG